GACCUCGGGAUUGGUCCCGAGGACGCUCGGAUGUUUCCGUGAGGGCCUCGGGCUGGGGUCUAACGAAUGCGUCGGACUCUUCGGCUGGGUAUUCACUGAAGGCGUUUACGGCCAUUCCGCAGCGUAGGGCGGCGACAGGCAUAGGCGGCUGCGCGACUUUGGCGCACACACAGAGCGCAGUAGCAGGAGCCCGGCACGCAGCGGAGGCAGCAGCGGGGACAAAGGGACUGAUCGGCACAAACAGGGAGGGGGUCCAGGCAGGAGGCAGCCAGCGCCGGGAGGGAGCGGCAGGAGGCUUCAGCCGGGCGGGCGAGUCCCAUGUGCCUUGGGCGCCCGGGGAAGCAGCACUAACCGCCGCCGUCAGCGCUCUGAAGCCGGCUGAGGAGGAACCGCGGAGCCUUCGCCGUCGUCAUGGCCUGCGCCACCGCCGCCGGCCACCCCCCGCAGUGCAGCGUCCCCAGCCUGAUCCGCCGCCAGCUGCCCCUGCGGGCGCAAUGAGGAGUCGCGCCGGAGCCGCCGCCUCAGAGCCGCACUGAGAAGCCUUCGUAAGCGAGCGAGGCCGCCGCGGCCGCUUCACCCCUGCUCCGCCCGCCGCGGAUCCUGCCGCCACUGCCGGAUCCCCUUGCGAGCGGUCGCAUCUCCUCGAGUCGGCGGAUUCGGGAGUCCAGAGAUCCCUCCGCCGUCGGGGAAAAAAUAGUCCCAUUCCCUGCCGCCUCCCUCAGAGGCGAGGUGAAGGAAAGGAGAGGGGAGGGGGGGAGAAAGAGGAGGAAGGAAAAGAAGGGAAAGAAAAAGGCGGAAAAAGGGAUAAAAAACCCAAGAGACGCAGCGGCGGGAUCAGAGGAGCCGGGCCGUGAGCCGCCGCCCCAUGUGACUGGCGCCCGGGGUGGGGGCAGCGAGGCCUAACCAACCCCCCUCGCUCGCGGCCGGGAGCGGGAGAGCGCCGGCCCGGGGGGGCUGCGGAGUGGGCGGAGGCAGGUCUCGGACCCACCGGCGCUGCCGGGAAGGAUGGUUUUGUGAGGAACGGGCGGCGUGAGGAAGAAGAGGAACACGAAGGAGAAGGAGCAGCCGCCGCCGAGCGUUACAGAGACCGCGAGGGGAGGGGGCUUCCCCUGGGGGGGGGGCAAGGGGGGACCCCGGCGUUUAAUGUGGCGCGUCCCGCCCGUCUCCUCCAGCUGAGCGAGCGAGGGAGCGGCAGACGGGCCCGCCGGGGCGAGGCGGAGGAGGGGGAAAGGCAGGAAGAGAGCGGUGAUCGGGGCACAGUAGGAGCGGGAGAACCAUGUCCGGGCGGCCCAGGACCACCUCCUUCGCGGAGAGCUGCAAGCCGGUGCAGCAGCCCUCGGCCUUCGGCAGCAUGAAAGUUAGCCGAGACAAAGAUGGCAGCAAAGUGACUACAGUAGUGGCAACUCCUGGACAAGGUCCGGACCGACCACAAGAAGUUAGCUACACAGACACCAAGGUUAUCGGAAAUGGAUCUUUUGGUGUUGUGUAUCAAGCCAAACUCUGUGAUUCAGGAGAGCUUGUGGCCAUUAAGAAAGUCCUGCAGGAUAAAAGAUUUAAGAACAGAGAGCUCCAGAUUAUGAGAAAGUUGGAUCAUUGUAACAUUGUCCGAUUGCGUUACUUCUUCUACUCUAGUGGAGAGAAGAAAGAUGAGGUGUACCUCAACCUGGUGCUGGACUAUGUUCCUGAAACAGUAUACAGAGUUGCCAGACAUUAUAGUCGGGCCAAACAGACACUCCCUAUGAUUUAUGUCAAGUUAUACAUGUAUCAGCUGUUCCGGAGUUUAGCCUAUAUCCACUCCUUUGGGAUCUGCCACCGGGAUAUAAAACCACAGAACCUCUUGCUGGACCCUGAUACAGCUGUUCUAAAACUCUGCGACUUCGGAAGUGCAAAACAGCUGGUUCGUGGAGAACCUAAUGUCUCAUACAUCUGCUCUCGGUACUACAGGGCACCAGAGUUGAUCUUUGGAGCCACCGAUUAUACCUCCAGUAUAGAUGUGUGGUCAGCAGGCUGUGUAUUGGCUGAACUGUUACUAGGACAACCAAUCUUUCCAGGUGACAGUGGUGUGGAUCAGUUGGUGGAAAUAAUCAAGGUUCUGGGAACGCCUACAAGGGAGCAAAUUAGAGAAAUGAAUCCGAACUAUACUGAAUUCAAAUUCCCUCAGAUUAAGGCACAUCCAUGGACUAAGGACUCGUCAGGAACAGGACAUUUCACCUCAGGAGUACGGGUCUUCCGGCCCCGCACUCCACCAGAAGCAAUCGCGCUAUGUAGCCGUCUGUUGGAGUACACCCCCACUGCCCGCCUGACUCCCCUGGAGGCCUGUGCGCACUCUUUCUUCGAUGAACUACGGGACCCAAAUGUCAAGUUACCAAAUGGGCGAGAGAAACCUGCACUCUUCAAUUUCACCACUCAAGAACUGUCAAGUAACCCAUCUCUGGCUUCGAUCCUCAUCCCUGCUCAUGCCCGGAACCAAGCAGCUGCUUCAACCCCUACAAACGCUACAGCGGCCUCAGAUGUUAACGCAGGAGAACGAGUUCAGACCAAUAGCGUAGCUACAGCAUCAGCCUCCAACUCCACCUGAACCAGUACCACACAGCCAGCUGCACAGGAAAAAUCACCAGUAAUUUUGAGUCUUGCUCAGCAACACUGGUCUCAUUUGGAAAGAAAAUUAAAAAAGAGGAGAGAAAAAAAAAAACCCCAAAAAAAAAAGGAAAGAAAACAAAAAAAAAAAGAGGAAAAAACCAACCAACCAAGCAACCUGUUCAUUUUAGUGUUCAAUUUUUUAUUAUUAUUAUUGUUGUUCUUAUUUAACCUUGUAAAAUAUCUAUAAAUACAAACCAGUUUCAUUGUA